AUGACGCAUCCGAUGAGCGGUGUUCAAGGCCUGCCAACCUUUACCCGUCAUAUCACGACGCACAAUGCAGACGGCAUAGCCAUAUUCGAAACGUCUGACCCUGCAAAAUCGACACCGUCGAACUCAUCUGGCGCAGGAUCACUGGCAGCCGAACCGACAUGGUCCAAUUUCCCCACCUCGGCCUUCGGCCUGGGGUAUGCAACGGACCACAUGCCGCCUGAUUUCAACGGCAAUGGCGAUCUAGCGACCUUCAACAAAUACCAGGAGCAGCACCCGGGCGUCGUCAUCAAAGGAGGCUCGGUUUUCCGUGCUGUCGACAUGGCUCCUGGCGCCACGUCGCCCAUGCAUCGCACGGUCUCGAUCGAUUACGGAGUCAUUCUCGAGGGCGAGAUCGAGCUGGAGCUGGACUCUGGAGAGAAGAGGCUUCUGAAAAGAGGGGAUAUGUUUGUGCAGAGAGGGACCAUGCACAAGUGGAAGAAUCCAAGUGAGUCGCAACCGGCAAGGCUUGUGGUGGUGCAGCUGGAGAGCAAGGAGUUGGAGGUUGAAGGGAAGGGAGCCUUGAAGGAAGAAUUUCGAUUCUAG